AUGAAGAAGAAAGUUGAGUUUGAGUUAGAGAGACUCACUAAGCAAGGUAUAAUUGAACCAGUAAAGUUUGUGGAGUGGGCCGCACCAAUUGUUCCAGUAUUAAAGCCAGAUGGUACUGUUCGUAUAUGUGGUGACUACAAGUUAACAGUGAACCAAGUCUCGAAGCUAGAGCAGUAUCCCUUGCCAAAGGUGGAGGAUGUGUUUGAAAAGUUGUCAGGAGGUGAAAGGUUUAGUAAACUGGACCUCAGUCAGGCAUAUCAACAAGUAGUGCUGGAAGAAGGGUCAAAGACGUAUGUUACCCUGAACACACACAAAGGUUUGUUCCAAGUAAAUCGUUUACCUUUUGGGGUUUCCUCGAGUCCAGCUAUUUUUCAGAGAAUAAUGGAGGGACUAGUGGCAGGAAUUCCAAAGGUGGCUGUGUAUUUAGACGAUAUCCUAUUGAUGGGAAGGAACAUUCGAGAGCAUCUGGAGACGCUGAAUGAGGUGCUGAGUCGACUGCGAGAAGCAGGUCUAAGGGUGAAACGGAGUAAAUGUGCUUUCAUGGCAACGGAAGCAGAAUUCCUGGGCUACAAGGUGGAUGCAUCAGGCCUACACCCCCUGCCAAAUAAAGUGGAAGCCAUUCAACAGGCACCAGCACCCACAAAUGUUACAGAACUGAAAGCCUAUUUAGGUUUACUCAACUACUAUAACAGGUUCCUGCCAAAUCUGUCAACACUGUUAGCUCCUUUACAUAAGUUGUUAAGGAAGGAGGCUCAGUGGUCGUGGAAAAAAGAACAGGACAGAGCGUUUGAACAGUCAAAGGAACUAAUGCAAUCUUCAGAAGUUUUGGUGCACUACGAUAGUCACAAAGACUUAAUUUUGUCAUGUGAUGCCUCACCCUAUGGAUUAGGGGCUGUGUUGGCACACCGGAGGUCAGAUGGACAAGAGAGACCCAUUGGGUUUAUGUCACGGACUUUGACACAAGCAGAGUCAAACUAUUCUCAGAUAGAUAAAGAAGGUUUAGCUGUGAUGUUUGGAAUCAAGCGAUUUCACAAGUAUCUCUAUGGGAGGAAGUUUACUAUUUGCACUGAUCAUAAGCCUUUGUUGUCCUUAUUCAACGAAAUGAAAGCGGUACCGCAGAUGGUUUCUCCUCGCAUUCAGAGAUGGGCUGUAACGUUGAGAGCUUAUGAAUACGAGAUUGUUUAUAAGCCUGGAAAACACCAUGGUAAUGCCGAUGCACUAAGUAGAUUGCCGAUGCCAGGGCAUAUCCAAGAAGAGGAAGCGGAGGACCAAGUUUUGAUGAUGGAAGACAUAACAUUGGUGUCUGCUAAGGAACUGAGAGUUUGGACACACAAAGACCCGGUGCUUGCUAGAGUGUUUCAGUGGGUUCAGCAAGGCUGGCCAGUCCAACAAACGGAUCCAGUUUUUCGACCUUAUGAGGUGAGAAAAACAGAGCUGAGUGUGCAAGAUGGAUGCGUAUUGUGGGGGGCACGAGUGAUAAUUCCGUCCCCAGGAAGAAGGGCACUUUUACAGCAAUUACACCAAGGUCAUGUGGGCAUUACCCGAAUGAAAGCUUUAGCUCGAAGUUAUUUUUGGUGGCCAAAGUUGGACCACGAGAUUGAAGUCGUUGUGAAUGAGUGUAAAACAUGUCAACAACAUCGCAACUUGCCGGUGGCGGCGCCACUACAUCCAUGGGAGUGGCCGAGUAGGCCUUGGCAGAGACUUCAUAUAGACUAUGCAGGACCAUUCAUGGGGGCCAUGUUUUUGAUAAUCAUGGAUGCUCAUUCGAAAUGGAUGGAUGCCUAUCAAGUCAAGACACCUACUUCUCUCGUUACUAUUGAAUGCUUGAGGAGGAGUUUCAGUAGUCAAGGACUGCCUGAGACUAUUGUAUCCGAUAAUGCUUCAUGUUUCACGAGGUUCAUUGUCAAGAGCACUGGUCCAUUGUCGUACCAGGUGAGGUUGAAUGGAGAUUUCGUAGUGAGGAGACAUGUAGACCAAAUUCUACGGAGUGAACAGAAGAAGGAUGCCAUGGAACUGCUAGCCUCAGAACUACCGUUAAGUUCAGAACCAGGGCUCGCAGUGGCAGGAGGAUCGCAAAUCGAGGGAGACCGCCAGAACGUGGAAGGAGAGGUUUCUGAGGAUCCAACUGUUCCAGGGAAGGACACACCGAUACCUGAAGUGGAAAAAGUGACACCAGAGUCACCUAAGGUGGUACCACUGCGCCGUUCUAAGCGGGCCUUCUCUGACUCCAUUGAGUGUAAUGCAUACUCUUUCAAAAAGGAUGUAAAAGAUCAGCCACAGCAGAAAGAGCUAAGCAAGUCUCCAGGACUUCAAGAGAGUCUGUAA